UAACAAGCUCACAGUCUCUGCAAGCUCCGGGCUUGCACCGAAAAAUGGCGCGAGUGGGUCAUUUGUGCGGCACGACAUGAACCGGCUGAGCACCCUCCUCCGGAGGUCCUCCGUCUCAUCAGCUGCACCUCCAUCGGCUGACCCCUUCCCCAUCCCCGGGAUACCGAUUUCGUAUCCUCCGGUGGCGCCCCCAGCCGAGGCUCCGUCGGUGACGAUCCCGGACAGCACCGGGACCUCCCUGGACACUCUGGAGUUCGUCGUCACCGUCGGCUUCGGCACUCCGGCCCAGACGUACACGGUCAUCUUCGACACCGGGAGCGACGUGUCGUGGAUCCAGUGCUUACCGUGCUCGGGGCACUGCUACAAGCAGCACGACCCCAUCUUCGACCCGACGAAGUCGGCCACCUACUCAGUUGUCCCCUGCGGCCACCCGCAGUGCGCUGCCGCCGACGGGUCCAAGUGCAGCAACGGCACUUGCCUCUACAAGGUCGAGUACGGCGAUGGCUCGUCCAGCGCGGGGGUCCUGUCCCACGAGACGCUGUCGCUAACCUCCACGCGGGCGCUCCCCGGGUUCGCGUUCGGGUGCGGCCAGACAAAUCUUGGGGACUUCGGCGACGUCGACGGGCUGAUCGGCCUCGGCCGCGGCCAGCUGUCGCUGUCCUCGCAGGCCGCCGCGUCGUUCGGCGGCACCUUCUCGUACUGCCUGCCGUCCGACAACACCACGCAUGGGUACCUCACCAUCGGCCCCACUACUCCGGCCUCCAACGACGACGUGCAGUACACGGCGAUGGUACAGAAGCAAGAUUACCCGUCCUUCUACUUCGUGGAGCUCGUCUCCAUCGACAUCGGCGGCUACAUCUUGCCGGUGCCACCAACGCUGUUCACGGACGACGGCACGUUCCUCGACUCCGGCACCAUCCUCACCUACCUCCCGCCGGAGGCGUACACUGCGCUCCGCGACCGGUUCAAGUUCACCAUGACGCAGUACAAGCCGGCGCCGGCGUACGACCCUUUCGACACGUGCUACGACUUCACGGGCCAGAGCGCGAUCUUCAUACCGGCCGUGUCUUUCAAGUUCAGCGACGGCUCCGUGUUCGACCUCAGCUUCUUCGGGAUCCUCAUAUUCCCCGAUGACACGGCGCCCGCCAUCGGCUGCCUCGGGUUCGUGGCGAGGCCUUCUGCGAUGCCGUUCACUAUCGUUGGCAACAUGCAGCAGCGGAACACCGAGGUGAUCUACGACGUUGCCGCUGAGAAGAUCGGAUUCGCCUCGGCAAGUUGCUGA